CAAGAGGGACAAUCAGAAGUCAUUCCAAUCAGCUGUGAAACCCUCCAAGAAAGUCAGGCCUGUUAGCAGGAGUCCAGUUCUGUGCAGUGAAGUGUUCUUUAAGCAUAUCUUCAGUAGUUUAGGUUUGAAGAUGCCCUCCAAAAUGAACUACUCUCCUCUCCUGCGUGUACACUCACCGCCACCUCAGCCAUGUCAUAAAGUGUGUGACGUAGAAUACAGCUCCAGUAUGAAAGGGCAGACUGUGCUCAGCCAGGCAGACAGAGCAGUGCUGUGUGGGGCCCCUCCACCUGCAGCCACCGGCCCCGCUCUGAAAGAUCAGCUGUGGCCCGAGGAAAGCUCCGGGAUGGAGAGGCUGCUGAGGAAAUGUCACAUCAGAAACCAGCUGGUCAGGGAGUGCAUGGCCGAAUGCCUCGGGGUCUACGUCCUCAUUCUAUUUGGAUGUGGCUCCGUUGCCCAGGUGACCACAACUGAAGAUAAGAAGGGACAGUACCUGUCAAUCAAUCUGGGUUUUGCUCUGGGAGUAACAUUUGGGGUCUUUGUGUCUCGUGGAGUCUCAGGCGCCCACCUGAACCCUGCUGUCUCUCUGAGCCUGUGUGUUCUGGGCAGACACCCCUGGCUGAAGCUGCCCUUCUACGUCUUCUUCCAGAUGCUCGGAGCCUUUCUGGCUGCUGCCACCGUCGGCCUGCAGUACUACGAUGCCAUCCAGACGUACAGCGGAGGAGUGCUGACAGUGACAGGUCCCACUGCCACGGCAGGGAUAUUCGCCACCUACCCAGCUGACUACCUCAGUGUGUGGGGGGGAGUGGUGGACCAGGUGAUCGGCACGGCUGCUCUGCUGCUGUGUGUCCUGGCUCUGGGCGACCGGAGGAACAGCCCCCUCCCUGACGGAGCUCAGCCUGUGCUGGUGGGGGCAGCCGUGUUAGUGAUUGGCAUCUCCAUGGGCUCCAACAGCGGCUAUGCCCUCAACCCGGCCAGGGAUUUCGGGCCUCGACUUUUCACAUACAUCGCCGGUUGGGGGGUGGAUGUUUUUAAGGCCGGAGGCGGGUGGUGGUGGGUGCCCAUAGUGGCUCCCUGUGUCGGGGCACUGCUGGGAACACUGAUCUACGAGCUGAUGAUUGAAGUCCACCACCCCCCCACUGCGGCUGAGCUCCAGACCUCGUGUCUGGAGGUCACUGAGGGCAAGAUGGGGCCGGAGUGUGUAAAACCUGCUUAGCCAUGAUAAAGAGGAGAAAAACUGUCAUGUGUGCAGUAAAUGCUAUUUAUAUUGUCUUUGUAAAUGUCUAACUG